AUGGUAAAAAGUGAGACAGAAACCACGCAGAAUCCUUCCUUACAUUCCUUAAGGCUUAACUCCCUUACUGAAGACCUCAACUUUACCCAAGAACAUCCCUCUACAGACGGAACUAUACCCUUCCUUGACGUUCUCAUCCACCCUGACAAAUCCACAUCAGUCUACAGAAAACCCACCCACACCAACCUCUACACCAAGUACUCCUCCUGCACCACCAACUCAUCUAAGAACGCAGUCAUCCGAUCACUGACCAGAAGAGCCCACAACAUCUGCUCACCCCAACACCUUGACGACGAACUCCAGACAGUACGACACGUUUGCCUCCAGAACGGCUUCCCUCCUCACCGCAUCACCACCAUCAUGGACGAAGUACAACGGAAAUUCACCAACCCCUCUCGCCACCAAUCCCUAGCCUCAUUCAACCGACAGACCCGUGAACAUGCCCUUAGUGUUUCUCUUCCUUUCCAUCCCUCCCUAUCCAAACCCAUCUCCAAGAUACUCGGACAACACGACAUCAAAUGCCCCUCCAAAUACGCCGGACAGACCUACAGACCCUUGGUCCACCGCAUGAAAGAACACGAACGAUGUUACAGACUCAACAACGCCAUCGACGAAUCCACAGACAGAAUCAAAUCAGCCCCUGCACAUCAUGCCCUGACCACCGGCCACACCAUCUCCUGGAACAACAUCGAAGUCCUCAAAUCCCUCACCUCACGCUCCCAAUUUGACCUCACAGAACACGCAGCUAUACAAAUACGACAACCAGCUAUGAACAGAACAGACCGCGCACCCAAAUGUAGUUCCCUCUGGGACCCCAUUCUUCCUAAAAUUGCCAAAUCCUUAAAGUCCAGACCAUCUGGCAUUUCCUUCUCAACCUCAACAGAAGACUAA